AUGGAUACUCUAUCUCUACCUAAGGAUGCUCUUUUUCUUGGAUUUGAUAGCUCCACACAGUCUUUAAAGGCAACUGUGCUGGAUUCUAGUCUCAACAUUGUGAGUUCAGAGAUUGUGCAUUUUGAUUCUGAGCUACCACAUUACAAAACCAAAGAUGGUGUAUACAGAGACCCAUCAAUUAAUGGUAGAAUUGUAUCCCCUACCUUAAUGUGGGUUGAAGCAUUGGACCUAAUUCUUAAAAGACUCAAAGAUUCAAAGAAAUUUGAUUUCAAGAAGCUUGCUGCUGUUUCGGGCAGCGGGCAGCAACAUGGUAGUGUGUAUUGGAAGAAGGGCAGUUACAAAACCUUAUCAUCUCUGGAUCCUAAGAAGCCUUUGGUUGAUCAAUUUGGGGAAGCAUUUUCUACAAAAGAAUCCCCAAUUUGGAUGGAUAGCAGCACAACCCAACAAUGUAAGGCUAUUGAGAAAGCUUUAGGUGGUGCAUUGGAGUUAUCUAAGCUUACUGGAUCUAGAGCCCAUGAAAGGUACACGGGCCCACAAAUUAAAAGGAUAUUUGAGAUGCAAUCUCAAGUUUACAACAACACUGAAAGGAUCUCACUUGUGAGCUCAUUCAUGGCAUCACUUCUGAUUGGAGGAUAUGCUUGCAUUGAUCAUACUGAUGGUGCUGGGAUGAACUUGAUGGACAUUAAAGACAGAACUUGGUCAAAAAAGGCUUUGGAGGCCACGGCUCCUGGUUUAGAGGAAAAACUUGGGAAGUUGGCUCCUGCUCAUGCUGUUGCUGGUUUAAUUGCCCCGUACUUUGUUGAGAGGUUCCAAUUCAACAAGGAGUGUUUGGUUGUUCAAUGGUCUGGAGAUAAUCCAAAUAGCUUGGCAGGAUUGACCCUCAACACACCAGGGGAUUUGGCUAUCAGCCUUGGCACCAGUGAUACUGUAUUUGGAAUAACCAUGGAUCAUAACCCAAGCCUAGAAGGGCAUGUUUUUCCAAACCCUGUUGAUACAAAAGGUUAUAUGGUGAUGUUAUGCUACAAAAACGGGUCUCUAACUCGUGAAGAUAUUCGUGAUCGGUGUGCGGAUAAAUCUUGGGAUAUUUUUAAUCAGUCCCUGAAGCAAACACCCCCCUUAAACGGUGGAAAGAUGGGUUUUUACUACAAGGAUCAUGAGAUACUUCCUCCCCUCCCAAUUGGUUAUCAUCGAUAUAUCCUUGAGAAUUUCAAAGGCGACACCUUGGAUGGCGUAAGUGAACGUGAAGUGAAGGAGUUUGAUCCUCCUUCUGAGAUCCGAGCAUUAAUCGAAGGACAAUUCGUGUCAAUGAGAGGGCAUGCAGAACGAUUCGGGAUGCCAUCCCCUCCAAAACGCAUAAUCGCAACAGGUGGGGCCUCUGCAAAUCAUACCAUUUUGACCUCCAUAGCUUCCAUUUUUGGCUGCAAUGUCUACACAGUACAAAGACCAGAUUCCGCAUCAUUAGGGGCUGCAUUAAGGGCGGCUCAUGGUUGGGUAUGCGAGAACAAGGGAAGUUUUGUGCCGAUUUUUUAUUUGUAUAAAGACAAGUUAGAGAAAACGGCCUUUGGAUGUAAAGCUGUUGCAACAAUAACAGCUCAAGACAAUGAACUUGUGGCAAAAUAUGCACAUUUCAUGAAGAAACGAAUGGAGAUUGAGAAUCGGCUUGUUCAGAGAUUGGGACGUUGAUAAGAAACGGCUUGUAUAGUGAUUAUUGUUAAGGGGAUGUGUUCGUAUAGUGUCUUGGAAUAAAAACUCGACUCUGACUUUAAUAUGAGAAUGUGGUUUAAAAGUGGGGAUAUAUUCACAAAAAUGGCCAUUGUGAGAUUAUAUAUGACAUCAUCCUUUUGCAUUUACGAAAAUGACUAUGAAUAUCCGAAAUGUGUAUUUCGGACAAGGAUAUUUAAAUAUUAUUUUUAUUUCCAUAUGAUUAAG